AUGUGCACCUACGCUCGCACCGUCUUUGAAUGCAUGCAUCAGGCCUGGGGACGGCGACUAAAACUCUGCGCCGUCGGCGACGACUUCCGCGCCGGUCGGCUCCCCCGCGACUGCGCACACCGCAAGCCUCACGGUCUGCAAUCGCGCCGCGUCUCGCGCCCAUGCGACAGAUGCCGCUUGCUGGACCACAAAGUCAGGCUCGUGCGCAGCAAGCUGGCCGAGUGCCACGAGGCAUUUGGCAAGAAGUGGCCCGACUAUCGGCGAGCAGAGUCGACGGAGCCGGGGACCACGUUCGCGGAGACGACGAGGAGCGAGUUGAAGAGCAAAGAAAUGGAGCCGGCGCCGACGGACGGGGGCGACGGCGUUCCAAAGUCGCAGCCGCGUGUGCAUCAUGAUGGCAUGGACCGUCGAGAGGUCGGAGAACAUGCGAAGGCGGUCAUCGCCGACAAGAUGGACCGGAGCUCGGUGGUGAGGAGCAACGGCCAGGAAAAUGGCGAGAAGAAGAAGCGGCAAGACGCAAGAAGCAGCCUGCCUCUUCCGGCACCAAAGGUGGCAUGCUCACGAAUCGCUCGUGCGCAGUCUCGGACGUACAAGAUGGCCAUACAUUGA